AUGGCUCUAGCGGUGGCCGUGGAUGAACUUCUUGAGGUCAGUGUCCAUGUACUCAAAGACAAGGUAGAGGAUGGUCUACCCUUCCUUGCUCUGGCCCUGCUUGAGGAUGAGGAGCCGCACGACAUGCAGGUAUCAGGGGAGAGGCACAUUGCCAUUGCCAAUAGAGAUAGAACAUCACAACAGCAUCAGCUAGGCCUCAAGUAUCUUCAUAGGCCACCAAUAGAAAGCUUCCGGCUCUUGCACCGAAGAAGCCACAACGAGCAGCAAUGGCUCGCCAGUCCGGUGCUUCAAGUACUCCAAGCGGACAACGCUGACCGCGGCCUCGGGCUGGCUGGCCAGCGCGCGGUGGUCGGCGACUGGGUGAAGUCUUACAGCGUUUUCAAGGCGAAGCGUGCCGGCGCGGUGUCACCGCUGAGGAUGCCCACGGUGGUGACCACAAGCCUAACGUGCAGGGUGCUCAUGUCAAGAGUGCCGCUCAUCCGCUGCGUUGCCAAGCUGAUCGCCGGAGGCUCUGGCGCCAUUGACAAGGCUUCGUCUGGCUCCUCCAGGCCGAACGUCGGGACCGCGCUUGUGCACAUCAACGACGGCUCCUGCGUGCCCGAUCUGCAGAUUGUUGUGGAUUCUUCUCUUUGUCCUCUUGAACAAGUUACUGUGGUUGGAGCUUGUGUUUUAGUGGAAGGCAAGAUAGAGCUCGUGGAAGGAAGAAGCCAGCAGCAUGUUGUGGAGCUGAGAGUGGACAAAGCUCUGCACAUCGGAGCUGUCAAUUCCAACAAGUAUCCGCUGUCAAAUGUGCAGCUGCCUUCAGAAGUUAUAAGGGACUACCUGCAGCUCGCUGCUCGAACAACAGCGGUUGCCUCAACUGCUCGUGUACGAAGUGAAUUAAUCCAUGCUACCCAUUUGUUUUUUCACAAUGGAUUCUUCCAUGUGAAUGUGCCUUUUAAGUUAAUCAGUGACAGACGCAUCACACCUGAAGUGGUUAGAACUUCGAUCGAGGCAAAAGCGAAGCAAAUCGAAGUGCUGAAGCGAAGCGAAAGCAACAAAGAAGCGCUGGAAGCUGCAGAACUGGACCUUCAGAGGGCGAAUGGGCUUGUGCGACAGUUAGAACAGGGAGGAAAUACAGACUUCGCCGGUGACUUCUUUCAGCGUCCAGCCUAUCUUUCACCAAGCCAUACGCUUCAUCUUGAGACAUAUGCUUGUGCGCUAAGCAGCGUCUACACACUGAGCCCGGCAUUCCUGGCUGAAAUAAGCUUGGAGCCUCACAAGCACCUGGCCGAGAGGUGCACCAUCGAUGCAGAGCUUGCCUUCGCCGAACUUGAGGAUGCAAUAUCCUCUGCCGAGGACUGCCUAAAGUUGCUUUGUAGCGCAGUAUGGAAAAAUUGUUCAGAUGAGCUGAAGUUUCUAUCGACUCAGGCAGAGAAUGGAUCUGAUGACCGUAUUGAAGCUGUAGUGUCCAGCCACUGGCAACGGAUUACUUACAAUGAAGCUGUCAAUACUCUUCUUCAGGUCACAGAUAAACCAUUUGAAGCCAAAGUUGAAUUGGGCACGCCAUUGUCACCUGAACAUAUGAGUUAUCUCGUUGAUGAUUUCCACAAAAGACCAUUGAUCAUAUAUGAAUAUCCAAAACAACUGAAGCCAUUUUAUGCACGUCUCAAAGAACAUGGGAAGACAGUCUCUGCGUUUGACAUAAUUGUGCCAAAGGUUGGCGUUGUAGCAUGUGGAGCUCAAAACGAGGAAAGGAUGGAUAAGUUAACUUCCAGGACUAAGGAGUUACGUCUUCUACAUGAGCCAUUGGAAUGGUAUUUGGACAUCCGCAGGCAUGGCACCGCAAAGCACUCCGGUUUCAGCAUAGACAUGGGACGGGUCAUCUUGUUGGUCACUGGUCUCAAGGACAUCCGAGAUUCCCUGCCGUUCUCAAGAACAGAAGGCAAGGAAAAAUGUUAA